AUGAAGGUAUCUUUCAUUUCUCUUUCUACUUUGGCCAUUGCUUCUAUUGCAAGUGCUUUACCUACUUCUUUGACCGCAAGAGCAGCUGAUUCAUGUCCUGCUAAUGCAUUAUCAUGCAGUAGUACUGCUGGUGGUUCUUGCUGUUCCCCCACAAAUGGUUUACUUAUUUUAGUUCAACAAUGGGUUCAAGGUUUUGGUCCUUCUACUUCUUUUACCAUGCAUGGUCUUUGGCCUGAUACCUGCUCUGGAGGUCAAACUGGUAAUAAUGGAUGCGAUCCUUCUCGUCAAUAUACCAAUUUGGAUAGCAUCCUUCAAGGAAAUUCAUCCUUGUAUAAUGAUAUGGAAACCUAUUGGCCAAGUUACAAGGGAGCAUCCAAUAACGGUGAUUUUUGGACUCAUGAGUGGGGCAAGCAUGGUACAUGUGUUAGUACUUUGGCACCUCAAUGUUAUACAAGCUAUACUAAAUAUGAAGAUGUUUAUGAUUACUUUGGAACUGCCCUUGAACUUCGUCAAAAAUAUGAUUUAUACUCUAUCUUGAAAGGUGCCAAUAUUACCCCUGGUGGAUCCUACUCUGCUAAUGAUUUUGAAUCUGCCAUUCAAUCAUCAGUUGGUGUCAAACCUAAAGUCACUUGCAGUGGAUCUGAUUUGGAAGAAGUUUGGAUUUAUUUCAACGUCAAGAAUACCAAUCAAUAUGUUCCUGUCGAUAGUGUAGACUCUUCAACAUGUUCUGGAGAUAUAAAUUAUCCUACUAAAUAAAAUGAAUAAGAAGAUGUUGAUUGUCUUCGAUAUAUGUGAUAGUUUU